AUUGAUAAUGAGAUUAUAAAAUUUAUGAAUGAAAAUAAAAAUGAACGUAACCCAUAUAUAAAGGCUAGUAAAGAAAUCAAAGAAUUUACCCCAAAACAAAUUCGUCAGCGUUGGAUGAGUAAACUCGAUCCACUUUUUUGUCACGAGAAACUUUGUGAGGAUGAAAAAUUAUACAUUAUCGAAUGGGUUGAAGAAUAUAAAAAUAAACAUCCAUUUAAUGGUAUUAAAUGGAAACAAUUAAUUGAAGAUUUGAACAAUAAAUUCGGUAAAAUGCGAUCAGAAAAUAUGGUGAAAAAUCAUUAUUACUUAAAAGGAAGACAUAAAGGAGUUCUACCUUCGAAAGAUGAUGUUUCUUCUCAAGACAAUAAUGUUCCAAAAAGCGUACCAUCUUCCCCUCAAGAUAACAACGUUUCAACAACCGUAUCGCCUUCAUCUAAAGAUUAUAAUAAUAACGUUCAAGAAAGUCAAGUUUCUGAAAUGAUGAAAAUCAGAAAUUUGAUAAAUUAGUAAAAUACACUCCAAUUAGUAUAAAAACAACCACACAUUAUAUUAUCGUAUUAUAUUAAACUUAUAUAUUUUAAAUCGACAAAAAAUACAAAGUGAUGAAAAUUGAAAAUUUGCCAAAUAAGAAAUAGAAAAGUUAAUUAAUACUGUAAUUAUUUAGUAGUUGAACGAUUCUGCUUUUAUUGUAAGAAUUAUCAUUUUUUAACUUCUGAGAAAAUAAGUAUUGCAUUGUACAAUGUUUUCAUUUAUCAAACGUCAUUUUUAUCAGUUCAAAUACUGUCCUUUUAAUU